AUGCCUACGCUCAAACCGCUCCCGGAUUGUGAAGGCCCAAAGCUUGAGUGUUUCACCGAUGAUCUCACCAAGCACGACUUCAAGUUCCUGGAAUACCUCGGCUUUGGCUGUCACUCAGCCGUUUUCAAGGCCGAGAUUGAUGGCAAAAUCUACCUCAUCAAGCUUUUCUUCCCCGUUUUCGUAUACGAGCCGAACUUCGAACUGGACCCCAUUGACCAAGGCUAUGACGUCGACAGAUACGACAAAGAGCGAUUAACCGCCAGCGAGGAGAUGCCCCAGCAUGUGGUCGACAGUCUACGUGUCCAUGCGACUUCCUUCAACAACGAGUGUCGCGCCUACGGCCGCCUCAAGGAGCUUGGUCGGGAGCAUCUCGCUGGCAAAGUACACGGCUACCUGCGCCUCUACUUACACCAGAUUGACGAGCAGAUUCAAGCGGCGGUCCAGAGCUCCUUACCGGAAGCCAUACUUCCCUCGGUAGAGGUGAUGGAAAUGGAGGACGAUGAAGUUGAUCUACCCAUCAUGGCUAUCGUCAAAGACUGGAUCCCCGACCACCGAACGCCUACAGGUGGAAUAACACGAGAAGCGGAACAGAGACAGAUCAAGCAUCUACCACGUAUGCUUCGCAAUCUCCGCGAGCUCCAUAAAUGCGGCAUCGUCGUGCGCGACCUCAAGUCCCAGCAGUAUUACGAAGGCCAGCUGUGUGACUUGAGCCACGCCUGGACGAUUCCACAUAUUUUCGGCCCCGAGAGCGGGAUUCGACCGCGCUGGACCUUUGCAAGUAUGGCAGCUUGGGACCUGAAGUGUUUCCAGGAUAUCAUCGAAGAGACAAAGGUUUCUGCGCUCCGGGCUGAUCCGCCACUCAAACCGACUGAAUUGGUUGCAACGCGCAACGAAGCGCGCUUCAACAGUCUUCGUCCUCGUCCAAGCAUGCAGGGACCUUUCCUCCCUCUGGUCAACUACGAUGAGGGGGGCACCUGGAAUCUGGACUACUAUCCUUCACACGACCCAGCACUCUUCAACUGGAGGGCUAUCCAGAAGCGCGCGACAAAGAAUUCCGCCGUCCGUAUCCCAGAGAAGCCUGCCGCUGCUGUCUCGAUGAAGCGAAGGUCCCCUGCCACCGAAGAAGCCAAAGCCCGACCGGUGGAGGAGGGUAACAACAAGAAGAGGAGACGAUAG